CUAUCGAAACAGGUGACGUGAAUUUCCCAGUGACUUAGUGAGUGUUUAGGACGAAAAAUAUGUCUGUGAUGUGAGACGAAGUGAAUUGCUAAACGUAUCUGUAACGAGAUACAAUAAUUUACAAAGAUGAAGUUCACGAUUGAUGUUCUAGGAAUAUUUCUAAAAGUAGUGGUCAAGAUAAACAAAGUUACCUUUGCUCCACUAGUGGUGUCCACACUAUUUAUUUUACUCACGUCGUUGCUCGCCCAUUGCGCGCGGCGACUGGUGCAGAAGUCUAUAAAGGAGCCAUUCGUUAGACUAUUAUUUGAAGAGGCCAUCGCCGCAGCUGAACUAUGUGGCUGUUGUUUCGAGCUUAUUGUUGUUGCAGACAAUUUCGGUGUGGCCACAUACGGGAUAUUCCUGUUUGCUCUAACAAUUUGGUGGUCUCUGAACUGGGGUGACGCCACUGCCUGCCCGUAUACACACAUUGAAGACGUUAUCGAAGGGAAAGGCGAAAUCCGCAAGGCCGUUUUGAAGACCUGGGCGGAACUCGUGGGCGGUUUACUAGUUUUCAAAUAUGUACAGACAUAUUGGGCUCUGGAGAUUUCGGACACGCAUAAGGAUAAGGCUUUCGAAGAAUGCAGAGCCGAUUUGCAAGUACCUGUCAUAUAUGGGGCCGUGGUAGAAGGCGUGGCGACGUGUCUUUGUCGGCUCGCUUCCAAGUCUCUAGGAGAUCUCAACCCUCGGUUCGCGACUGCGAUUGACGCCUUCAUAGGAACCUCCCUCGUCGUAGCUGGGGUCCUCACUAGGCACACGGUAUUCGUCUACCGCUAUCAGGACAAUAGUGCCCAUGCGGACCUAAGCGUGUCCAUCUUUUGCAAAAUCCAUUUAGGAAAAGCAUUCGACUACUCCGGUGGAUAUUUCAACCCAGUACUGGCGACGUCUCUUAAAGCGGGUUGUGAGGGCCACACCCUAUUGGAGCACGCUGUCGUGUACUGGAUAGGGGCAUGCGCAGGAUCCGUACUCUCGGUCUACUUGUACAAAAUACCAGCCAUCCAAAGAUACGUCAGAGGUACCACAGAAGUGAACGGCGACAGCAUCUGGGCGGAUAAGGAAGACUAAGUCUAUCACUGGGUUGCCAAUCUUAAAACAACAUCGUGCAAUAAAAAAUACUGAUUUCAUCUAACAUUACCUCAAUUUGACUCUAUAACCUAGUACAAAUAUUUCGACCGAUUUUAAG